AUGAAGAAAUCAGUGACUGAUUUUGUGGCGGCAUACUUGGUUUGCCUGCAGCACAAGUACCUAGCAUUAUCACCUCAAGGCUUGAUACAACCAUUACCCAUUCCUCAAGCAAUAUGGGAGGAAGUCAACAUGGACUUUAUUGUGAGGUUACCCAAAUCUCAUGGCUAUGACGCAAUAUUGGUAGUGGUAGAUCGCCUGAGAAAAUGUGGGCAUUUCAUAUCCAUCAAACAUCCUUACACAGUCAAGUCCAUAGCAGAGGUUUUUUUAAGGGAAAUUGUUAGGCUUCAUGGGGCUUUGAACAAGUCUAGAAUUCACAAGCCAAAGCAACCAUAUGUCAGGUUAGCUGAAACUUGCAUAGAUGAGAGGGAACCAGAAAAUGUCACAGAAGCACUCACAAGGCCACAAUGGAAAAAAGCUAUGGACAAUGAGUAUGAGUUAUGUGAUUUUGGAUCUGCCAGAGAGUUACAAAAUAUAUCAACUUAUUCUUCCUCGGUACCACUGGCAAAACGCGGAACACCCUGUUACAUGGCUCCGAAACUUUUUGAUGAUGAUGGAAUUCAUUCCUAUCAAUCAGACUUAUGGGCCCUAGGAUGUGUGUUAUACAAAUGUUGGGCAAGAAGACCACCUUUUCUGGUACGAGAAUACAGUAACACAAAGUCCAUCCUUUCAGAUCCUAUUCCACCUCUUCCUGGUCAUCCAAGUCCACACUUUGUUAAUUUGAUCAAUUCUCUGUUGGUAAAGAAUCCAGUAGAAAGAAUACAGUGGCCUGAGCUCUGUGAACAUGCAUUUUGGAAAACAAAAAUUCCUCCUGUCACUCUGCCUGCUAAUCUUGCAUUUAAUGAUAUGAUAGAGAAAUACAAUAGAAUCUUUCCACCAUUCAUGGAACUUGCUAAUGAGAAUAUAGAAGAAGAAGAACCAUUCAUGGAUUGUAAUNAGAAGAAGAAGAACCAUUCAUGGAUUGUAAUGAGAAUAUGGAAGAAGAAGAACCAUUCAUGGAUUGUAAUGAGAAUAUGGAAGAAGAAGAAGCACAUAUUGUUUCAAUACCAUCCCAACAUCAGAGGCAGAAUCAGAAUAAUGAAGAGUUGUUGA